AUGAAAAGUUUCUAUGAAUGGAUACCACUGUCUACAAGUUUACAGGAGCAUAUUAUUGAAGCAAAAAGUAGUUUAAAAGAUGUCGGUCUAUUCAACAUAUGCAAUACACCAGAAAAGGCUCUGCGAGAUCGACGACGAGAUUUAGGCUCAUUUGUUUGGACUCAAACAUUCCGAGUGCUACUUGUGGCGAUGCCACAUAAUUCAUCAGAGGCUAAACAGCAAAUGUUACGCGAAUGCCGAAAAUGUUAUAAUGGCAAUGUUUCUCAAAUGAAGAAAAUUGCAAAAUUUGAAAAAACAUAUCGAGCGUGCGAUGCUAUACGCUGGUAUACUAAAGUAUGUUUUCUUUCAACUUUAGUUAACAAAACAUUGCGUUCAGAAAAUGUACAUGCUCUAUAUCUAUUCCGCUAUUUCAUCUUUGAUCUGUGUGAAAGUCUUGCCAAAGCACGAUAUUCUAACUCAACAUCUAUUUCUGUUUAUCGUGGUACAAUACUUUGUCGAGACGAAAUUGAACAAUUACAUGUCGGCUCACUUGUCUCUACCAAUGGUUUUCUUUCUUCAUCACGUUUUCUUGAAGUUGCUUUGGCUUUUAUAAGUUCUGCUGAAGGCGUCGAUAUGCAGAUCAAUCGAAAUUGUAACAAUUCUGAACAAUUCGUUCUAUUUAAAAUCGAUAUUGAUAUAAAUCAAUCACCGGAUGUUGUUGUUGCCGAUAUAAGUAGUGAAAGUCUAAUACCAGACGAGAAAGAGUUUCUAUUUGAUCUUGGUACUACAUUUAUUAUUACCAAUAUCUACUAUGAUGAUCCAAAUUAUAUGUGGAAUAGUCAAAUGACAGCUUCAAAUCAAGUGGCACAACUAAAUCAUGAAUAUGAUUCAUAUAUGCGUGAGUGA